CAAUCGAAGUGGUUGCUAUGAGACCCGCUCCAGCAGAGGACCAGCAGGCAGCCUGUCGCUGAUGGUUCUUGUCGUGCACCAAAGCUUUCCUUUGACACAGUUUUAGAGUUGUUUACUAUCUGAGCAAGCACCUGACACGGUGACUCUUUUCUUUCUUUUUUUCCUCCUCGGGUCCCCCGAGUAAGAUGGAAGUAGAAAACGAAGCCCACUGCUGCCCUGGCAGCUCAUCAGGCGGGUCCAGAGAGUACAAGGUGGUAAUGCUGGGAGCAGGGGGCGUUGGUAAAAGCGCAGUGACAAUGCAGUUCAUCAGCCACCAGUUCCCGGACUACCAUGACCCCACGAUUGAAGAUGCUUAUAAAACCCAGGUGAGGAUUGACAAUGAGCCUGCUUACUUAGACAUCUUGGACACUGCCGGUCAGGCAGAGUUCACGGCCAUGCGGGAGCAAUACAUGCGUGGGGGAGAAGGCUUCAUCAUCUGCUAUUCUGUCACUGACCGCCAGUCAUUCCAGGAGGCUGCCAAGUUCAAGGACCUUAUUUUCCAGGUCCGUCACACCUAUGAAAUUCCCCUCGUGCUAGUGGGUAACAAAAUCGACUUGGAGCAGUUCCGUCAGGUAUCUACAGAAGAAGGCAUGAAUCUUGCUCGAGACUACAACUGUGCUUUCUUUGAGACCUCUGCAGCCCUUAGAUUUGGUAUUGAUGAUGCUUUUCAAGGCUUAGUGAGAGAAAUUCGCAGGAAGGAGUCCAUGUUGUCCUUGGUGGAAAGGAAACUAAAGAGGAAGGACAGCCUGUGGAAGAAGAUAAAAGCCUCACUGAAGAAGAAGAGAGAAAACAUGAUAUGAGGCUUUGCUUCUGCAUCCUUCCUGUCUCUCUUUGUGGGUUUUAUCAACCAGACAAUUGUUCAUAUCUCCAUCUCUCUCUCUCUCCAUCUCUCUCUCUCUCUCUCUCUCUCUCUCUCUCUCUCUCUCUCUCUCUCACACACACACACACACACACACACACACAUUAUCUACCUGCAGGCAGAAAUUAGACUUCUAUAACUGUAUGUCUUGAGAUAGUUUUAUUUUGCCUUUAACAGCUGGGUAGAUUUUGUCAAUCAGCUGGAUAAUGCUUUAUAGAUUUCACAAUAUAUUACCAAAUAAAAUUAACAUUCCAACUGCCUCAUUUUCCUGUAAAGAGUAGCUUCAUUUUGUAUGCUGUCUGGUUAUAAAGAAAAUAUGCAAACUUGUAACUGGGAUGAUAAAAGGCUUAGGGGAUCUGCUUUUGCCUGAUAACCCUGGUUGUUUGCAUUUCACAGAUCUGUAAAUAAUGAAGAGACUGGAAUAGUUUGUAGGAAAAAAAAGUCCUUGUCUUCUCUUAAGUGGAAGAGUCUUGGUAUUUUUUUCUUGAGUCCUCUAUAGCCGAGUAUUAGAGAAAUUAUUGAUACUAAGAACUGUAGUUUGUGUUGUUAAAGUACUAAACUAUAAAUGAUCAGCCAGUCAUAUGUUUUUAUAGAAGUGUUACAGUAAAGUUACUGUGAUGAAAGUGUAUGUUAUCUGUUGUAGGAAGACAGCAAUACUAUGAACUUGGUGAAAGGGCCCUUUGUCCCUCUCAAUGAAUAUUUCUUAGAAUUGCUUCACCUGCAUAGUAGCCAUCUGUCUGCAGGAAUAUGGCCUCCACAUACUAAAUGUUCUCUUCCUAUUAUUAAAUUCCCUGUCUCAUUUUCCAUGAAAUAUUACAAGAAGCUGACAUGAGAAAUGUUGUUGUUAUUUGUCUUACAAUUGUUCAUUGUGUAAAAUAAAAUCUCUCAGUCACUCAUUU